UCCAAUCACAGCUGCAGCCCUGAACAUGUGACCAUUUAAACACCGUCUCCUCCAAUCACACCUGCAGCCCUGAACAUGUGACCAUUUAAACACUGUCUCCUCCAAUCACAGCUGCAGCCCUGAACAUGUGACCAUUUAAACACUGUCUCCUCCAAUCACACCUGCAGCCCUGAACAUGUGACCAUUUAAACACUGUCUCCUCCAAUCACAGCUGCAACCCUGAACAUGUGACCAUUUAAACACUGUCUCCUCCAAUCACAGCUGCAACCCUGAACAUGUGACCAUUUAAACACCGUCUCCUCCAAUCACACCUGCAGCCCUGAACAUGUGACCAUUUAAACACUGUCUCCUCCAAUCACACCUGCAGCCCUGAACAUGUGACCAUUUAAACACUGUCUCCUCCAAUCACACCUGCAGCCCUGAACAUGUGACCAGUCAACAGUCUGAAUCUGAAUUAAUGUCACAAUUACCAGUGUCUCCUCUGUUGUUCCAGGGUGGUUGUGCCAGUGUGAUCGUGUCCCUCACCGUCCAGUGUCCCCAGGACCUCACCCCCUACUCAGGUAAACUGAUGAGUGCCCUACUGAAUGGGAUUCAUGACCGUAGCAGUGUGGUCCAGAAAGCCUUCUCCUUCGCUCUGGGACAUCUAGUCAGGACAGCAAAGGACAGCAGUGUAGAGAAACUCCUACUGAAACUCAACACCUGGUACCUGGAGAAAGAAGAGCCGGUGUACAGGUCGUCGUGCGCCCUGACGGUCCACGCUAUCAGCCACUACAGCCCUGAUGUCCUGAAGGGGCAUGCGGUGGUAGCGUUGCCGCUAGCCUUCUUGGGUAUGCACCAGGCGCCGGGACCAGACGAGGAGAAGGGAGAGAGCCACGACGCCACGUUGUGGAACGAAGUCUGGCAGGAACACGUACCAGGAAGCUUUGGGGGCAUCCGCCUCUACAUGACGGAGCUGAUCGACAUUACCCAGAAGGCCUUGCAGUCCCAGUCGUGGAAGAUGAAGGCCCAGGGCGCGGCUGCCAUGGCGUCCAUCGCUAAGCAACAGACGGGUUCUCUGGUCGCCCCUCACCUGGGUAUGGUGUUGUCCGCUCUACUGCAGGGACUGGUUGGACGCACCUGGACUGGAAAGGAGGAGCUGUUGAACGCCAUCGGCUCUGUGGUGUCUAAGUGCAGUGGUGAACUCCAGAAGUCCUCCCCGGGCCAGCCCAGUGUACCAGAGGUGAUAGAUCUGGUGUUGAAGGAGUGUCGUAAAGACAACCUGGUCUACAAGAUGGCUGCCCUGGGCUGUGCUGCUGACGUCCUGCAGGCCACACAGGAAGACCGCUUCAGUGAUAUGGCAGACAUACUCAUACCACUCAUUAAGAAGAACUCUGCAGCAACUUCGAGGUUGAGACAUGAUAGUGAUGACGAUCGGGAUGAGAAGGAGAAGGAGCUGCAGACUGAAGCGCUACUCUGUGCCUUCCAGACGCUGGGCAAGACUUGGCCCAACAACACACAAACCCAGGAGCGUUUCCAGUUGGACCUGUGCUGUCUGAUGUGUGAGAGGUUGAAACUCAGUACAUGGAGGGUCCAGGUGGGGGUGCUACAGUCUAUGAAGACAUACUUCCAGAGGUUGCUACUGUUGGAGAAAGAGAAAGACAACCAGAACUUCACAGCCUUGUCCCUUAUUCUCACUGAGACAUGCAGCGCUCUCACACACCCACUAGAGAAUAAGAGUUACUCCUCUGUGAGGACCGAAGCGUUGUCUGUUGUGGAACUACUGGUGAAGAGGACAGGAGAGAGCGGUCAGUGGGAGUGUGUCUCGGGAAAGAGUCGCGAACAGCUGCAACGGUCACUGUCCACCCUGCAGACAGACAGCAGACCUGACCUCCGAGACAAGGCCCAGGAACUACGGAGGAACAUCCAGAGUCAACCCUGAACACACACACGCCUACCUAGUCCACCCUGAACACACACACACCUACCUAGUCCACCCUGAACACACACACACACACCUACCUAGUCCACCCUGCAGACAGACAGCAGACCUGACCUCCGAGACAAGGCCCAGGAACUACGGAGGAACAUCCAGUCAACCCUGAACACACACACACACCUACCUAGUCAACCCUGAACACACACACAAACCUACCUAGUCAACCCUGAACACACACACAAACCUACCUAGUCAACCCUGAACACACA